UAAAGAAAUAAAUAAAAAGACAAUGUGAGUUUGAUAUAAGAGAAUUAACCUUUGAGAACUGUAUAUGUUGCAGGAAGACGCGCCCAUCUCUCACAAGGCCAGUGUUUUACAAACUGUUCAUGUUAGCUUUAUGUGGGAUAACAGGGACACAGAAUGCUUAUUUUGCAGGGCUCAUGUACUCUUCUCCAACCGUAGUUGGUGCCAUGAAUAACCUUUGCCCCGCCAUCACCUUCAUCCUCGCUAUAAUUUUCAGGAUGGAAAGUGUAAAUAUUAGAAGUCGCAGAGGGCAAGGCAAGCUCUUGGGUACCUCGAUUUGCUUAGGAGGGGCUAUGCUAUUUACUUCUUACAAGGGCCACCUCUUACCACCCCUAAAAAUCCCCUUCAUUAACAUUCAUGGCUACAAUUCUGCUAGUAGUGCAAAGCAUGCCAAACCAGACUGGGUUAAAGGUUCCUCCUUUGCAAUUGUUUCAACAUUAUGUUGGAGUGUGUUCUUGAUCCUUCAGGCUUCAGUUUACAAAGUUUAUCCGGCUCCUCUUUCUAUGAAUACAUGGAUUUCUUUUCUGGCGAUGAUGCAGUCGGUAGUGAUCGCUGUGAUCUUCGAGAGGACAGCUUCGCCAUGGAAGAUUGGCUGGGAUUUGAAGCUCUUGUCCUAUUUCUAUUAUGGAAUUUUGGUUUCGGCAAUUGGAUAUUCUUUAAAUGCUUGGUGCAUCUCCAAGAGAGGACCAGUAUUUGUUGCCCUAUUUUUUCCCCUUCAACUUAUCAUCGCAGCGAUUCUCAGUGCCCUUUUCCUCAAGGAACGCCUUCAUUUGGGAAGUGUGAUUGGGGGAUGUCUCAUAAUUUUGGGUUUUUAUUGCGUUAUGUGGGGAAAGAGCAAAGAUGAUAACAAUGAGAAAGUAGAAGAGAAAAGUCUCAUCAAUGAUGUGGAAAAAGCAAGGAAUCCUUGAGAGGGUGAGAAGAGGAGUUUUGCAUCCAUCAUGCUGUCUUUUCGAUUAUUGAACUUGGUUAUUGUCAUUGUAAUGCUUAUGGUUUCAUGUAUGCCAUU